GGGUAGUUUAUUUUAAAAUGAAAAUUAAUGAAAAAUAAUUUACAAGAAGAUAUUUUUGAUAUUAGGACUGAAGAGACAUUUAGAGGUGGAGGUAAUUUAUACACCAAAUAGGGAAUUUGUGAAAUAUGACAUUUUGGGAUUACAACCACAGACUUUACUCCAGUGACCUGAUUGGUUAAUCCUUUAAUUAAUCUAUUUUUCUGGCUACCCAGCUCCCUUUCCUUGGGGGGGGGGGGGGGAGGCUUUUCAAUGUUUGCACAAAGCACAAGCCAGGACUGAGAUGGUUCUGGCCCUGACCACUUCUAAAAGCUUUAAACAGAGGACCUUUCUUGGUCCCAUCUUCACUUUCUCUUUGACUUUUCUUAGAGGUGUCAACUAUGCAAUUGUAUCCAUUCCUGGAUUUGUUCUGAGGAGAAUAAUUAUACUUAGCAUCUGAAGUGCUGCUUGAGACUUAAUAUUUCUCUAUUUGGAGUUUCCUGAGAUGCUUUUUAAAAACCUCAUCUACUCCCAAAAUGUAGUCUUCCCUGUUUUUAAUUCAAGUUCCCUCCCUUCCCCAAUACCUAGGGACAAACAUAAGGGCUUUCUAUUGGCAGAUGCAGCUGGGGAAUUUUCAUUAAGAAGAGGGGCUCUUCACCUCAUUUGUCUAAUGAUAGGUGUCCUAUGGAUAAAGCUGCUACAUGUCAGAGUUGCAUAUAACUAAAUAUUUUCCUUCUAUUAGCCACAAAGCUCGCCCUCCUCUCCCCCUUCUUGCCAGGGUCUGACUUUGUUGUUUUCUGUAACUUUACUGCCUCUGGCUCUUUUAUGUUGGACUCUCUUUAAAAAAGCUAUUUGGUUUUGGAUAAGAAAAAGCACCCAAAAACAAAUGGAGUGUGUUUUCCUGGGGUGAGGGUGAAGAAGAUGAUUAUUUCAUGCUCCCCCCCUCUAAUAUAUAUAUAUACAUAUAUAUAUAUACAUAUUUUAUAGUUCCUCUCCCAUCUUCAUAAGUUUAUUGUGUGGGCUUGACCUACAGAGAUGGAGGCAGAUCCCAAGAUAAAAAAAAAUAAGGAAGUUUCAAGCCUUUUCUUCCUUAACAAGCAAACAAAACAAAAACCCAAACCCCCAAACCACUCUUAUGGUUCUUUUGAGUUGGAACUCUAAGGUUCUAGUUUGAUACCUUUUUGUUUUUAAAUUUGAGAGUGAAAACAGAAAUGAAAUUAUUACAAAAUCCUCCAUGGCAUUGGGGUGUCUGUGUGUGUGUGUGUGUGUGUGUGUGUGUGUUUUCAAUAAAGAUGUAAUUUUAACUCCUUUCCCUUUCCCCACCUCAAAAUUUUUUCUCUUUCCUGGCUGAGGAUGGGUUGGGAUAUAGGUUGGGUCUCCUUCAAGCCCUGAAGGUUUUUCUUAAAAAUUAAAUUAUUUUUUUAAAUGGAAGAAGGAAAUUAUUUAUUGAGACAACUUCCUUCCCUCCCCCCUUCUCAAUGUGAGGAGUGGAACUGAGAUUAAUAGCUAUUUUUCUACAAGAGAAAAUAGAUGAAAGAAUAGGGGGAGGGGAUCAUGAUAUACAUGGGAUCAUGACAGUAGGUAAAUUUUUGUUCUAUAGCAGAAAAGACUUUAGAAAGUGGAGAAGAGGGGGAAAGUAUUAGUAUUUUCUGCAUGGAGGUUGAUGCUCUGUCAAAUCUCUCUGGAGCUCACGAGUUUGAGAGGUAUCUAUGUGGAAGGGGAGGCAGAAAUCCUUUAAUCAAGACUAGAGAUGCCCCUCCAUCUCUCAGUCAUAUAAGUGCACUUAUACUAUUGCUGUACAGGGCUUCAGGGGUUCUGAGAAUGAGGAGCUUUUCAAGGUUCUUUUAUUUCUCUUGCCCCGAGACUUUGCGGUUGGUCCUCCCACCUUCUCAUUCCUUUGACCUUAUCCGUGUGGUUCUAGGAUGUUGUUUAGAGACAUCUAGAAUUAUUCUGGUUUCUUCUCUUUUUAAAAUUUCCUCAUUGCCCUACUGAUUGUUUUUGAGAGUUGUGUGAAAUUUAAUCCAGAUUCCCCCUCCCCUACCCCAUUGGUUUAGCUUUUAAUUGACAAAAAAAUCUGUAAAAAGGUUUAAAAAUUCACAUGGUGGGGUGGUAGGGUUUGGGGGAGAGGUCUCAAAUCUCUCCUAGUUAAAUUUACUGCUGUAAAAGAGCCAGAGGUGAAAAGGGGUGGGGUUGGGGGGACAGGUGCUACCUUCUUUCCCCCUUACUGAUUCCUUCUCAUUUAUGCAAAAUCUAGAGCUCACAGACCAAUAAAAAUUAAAAAAAAAAUUUUUAAAGCAAAUGGCUUUGGAUCAUGUGUUUACUCUGCAGAUUACCAGGAAGCUUUUCAACUUCAACCUCCAAACAAUUAAGUGCCCAAGAAAUAGUCUUGAAUAAGUCACUUCUUAAUUUAUGCAACUAGCCAAGCCUCAAAUUUGAGAGUAGGGUUACAGAGGCACCCUCUCCCCUCCACGAAACAACAGAGGUAGAUGUGCUUGACCAAGAGGGGUGGAUAAGGUCGCCUUACUUCAAAAUAAGGAAUAUAUUUGGUUGUAAGAGUUCCAGGUAGGGUUUGGCUGUAGGCAGAGUUCCAUAUUCUCUUUGGUUCAUUCUUAACCAGAAAGAAGGGAAGCUAGGGUUUGAGCCAGGUAGAAUAGUGGGAAGCCUAAUACUGCUAUUUGACAUUCGGGGAUGUGUCUCCCGCCUUCCUUUUCACCACAUACACACACAGAGCUGAGUCAUGACCUUCGUUGGGCAGCUCACUGCUUUUUCCUCACGCCACUUUCUUCAUGGUAUUUUUUCCUGCCUUUCCCUGCAGUCAAGUGCACAGCAGCUUCAGAAUGAGUCAUCCUGGCCCCAGCAAUUUCUCCACUUUUCAGACGGAGAAAGGACAAUUACUUAAAGCCCAAGGUCGUGACUUUGGCUCAAUUAUUCCAUAAUCUCCCCAGUUUAGUGUCCUCUUGCUUCCCUUCCAUUCCUACUCUUCAGGGCAUUGAGGGAGGAAAGGGGGAUGGUGUCCAAAAGAGAAGAACAGAGAGCACUGUAACUGGCCGAUAGGGGUAGAAUGAGGGUGGGCAGGUCUGUGGCCUUGUUUCUGUGCUUAUAUUUGGGUCUGUGACUCAUCAACUGACUCACUGAGCUCCACCCCCUUCACCCUCCUCCUCCCCCCUUCUCUGCUCAGAUGUGGCCUGAGAAGGAUCGGGCAAAGUGGUGGUAGGUUUGGGGCUGGAGGGCUGGGGAAGGGGAGCAGGUCCUGAGGGUUCCAACAACCAGACUUGUUUUGUGAGGAGGUAAAAAUUGCCAGUUUCAGUCUGCUGUUCACUGCUCCCUGGUUUGUUUUCCAUUUUUGGCCAAAAGCUCAUAGUUUUGCCCCCCUUUUCCCUCUUCAUCACUAAUGCCUUGGUCUUCCUAUUCUUUUCUCCUCUCUCCCUUGAGUUGCUCCUCCCUCCUCCCCUAUAGAUGUAGAGACACAUUCAGGGAAAGGGAGAUCCCCAGAGGAUGAGAGGGUACCGAUGAGCACUUUAAGUGUGGGAGGCAAGAGAUGCACAAGCAGUUGGUGGUACUUCAUUGAUCACCUUGGAAAAACCCUUUCUCACUGCCCCACUUUCCCCAAGAUUUGUGUGGAAAAUGCACAGCCAGAAUUGAAGGUGGGGAGACAAUACCAGACUGGGUUCUUGUCUCAGGCUCCAUAAUAGUUUCAGGAUUUCCACAACUGCAGCCAAGGUAGAAAACAUUUAAGAUGGAAGCGAGAAAAGGGGAGGGGAAGAAGGGAGUAGGAGGGGUGAGGUGGCUUGGAAAAACCUGGGGCUCCAGAAUCUCCAUUUCCCACUUUAGCUUGUUUCUAGGCACUCAAAAUAAAAUAGCCACUCAUUUAAAUUUCAGUUUGCAUCUUAUUUUUACAUUCGUCUUGUGCCCAUUUUGUCUCUAGCGACUUCCAGUCCCCCUAACUCCCCACCCCAGAGCCUGUCCCAAGGGACAGUUGUAUGGAGAGGUUUCCUGGCCCCCAGCCCACUCUGCCCAGAACAUGAAUCAUUGAUUGUGGGGGUAUCCAAUGUACAGCAGUUGGGAGGGGGGAAGGGGGAGGUGUCUGAAGGUUGCUCUAGUUCCUAAUUGGUUGCAGAAUACUGGAAAGGAAGAUCCAGGGGGAGGAACAGUUUGUCCCACACAUGAGUUUGUGUUUUAUCUCCCUGGCUCAGUCCUUAGUUCCUCCUACAACAACACAGAGUUGGGGUAUAUGCUUUUUUUUCCCCACUCUGCCUAGCCUCUCGAUAUUCCAUCCUUAUGUACCCAGCCUAGGAAAUCCCUAGAAGCCCAUCCUCUUUCCCCUACCCAUAACAACUUUUGUCUGUUUUGAGGGAAGGAGUGAUCUAUUUUUCUUUUCAUAAAAAGUGAAUAUAUUCUUCAGCACAUGGGGGUACACACAGAGACACUCAAAACUAAUUGUACCUCAAGGAGAAGCCCAGAUUUAGUGAGACACCUUCCCCUUGACCUAAAUUAUAAGCAUUCAUCUAAUUCUCUUUCGUUGUCUGGGUAUCGCCUGUUUUUCCUCAAGGCUCCUCAGUGUUGAUCAGUGGGAAGAAAAGCGAGUGGAGGACUCUUCUCACAGACUCCUGCACACUUCCAAAUUUUCUUUUCCAACCUGCACUCUUAAAACCCUUCUCCAAACUCUCCUCAAAUAGUGUGUAUUCCCCUUUAAGGGGCAGGGCAUCUUAUUCCACCGUCAACUACCCCCCCCCCCAAUCUCCGGAGUAGUCUGAAGUUUCUAGAGGACCCUGAGUUGCCCCCCAACCAAAGCUAGCUCUCCCCUGCCCCAGAAAAGAACCGUCCAAAUCCUCUUUUUUGCUUUGCCCCCUCCCCACCCUCAGUCCCCAUCUCUUUCCUUCCCUAGAACUCAACCUUCUCUCAGUUGGGCCAAGACUUCCCUGAGUCUCCCUACAUCAUCACCCCCCUUCCCAUCCCUCAGUUCCCCUGAAUGGAGCCAGGGAGAUGUGGUGGGGGGGCCGGGGCCGGAGUUUCAACAUUCCACCACAGAAGGAGCCAGAGAUGGGGCUCUCAUCCCCAAAGUCCGUGCAGGUGAGUGGGGCGGAACAGUCAAGAAAUCCCCCAUGUCCAGCUCUCCGAUGCCUUCCAGGGGAAAAGGUCUUGGCCUCGGCACCAGGAGUGAGAAGGGGACUGGAACCUGAAAUAGCGGGAACCCUGAUAUGUACCAACCUAAGAUUAUUGUUCCGCCCCCAGGGAUGGCAAGGGCGGCAGGAUUCUAUAUUGAACAGUGACUAUGAUUUUGCCCUGAGCAAUAUUGGCCGACUGGAAGCUGUAAGUGGCCUAGGCAAGCCCCAGAUCCUUCGUCCAGGGUCUCUGCUCAAGUUCGUGCCCGAUGAAAUUCUAAUUCACGGACGAGAUUUCCGGCUUUUAAGAGUUGGCUUUGGAGAUGGGGGACUGGAGCCCCUUGCCUUUAGGGUGGCCAUGGCGAUUAUCCAGGCUAGAGCCCAGAACAGACAAGUCCAACAGUAUAAAGGAAUGACUUUGAGCAAAGCUUGUUGUGGCCUGGGUCCCAGUGAGCCACCUGUUCCCCUCUUAGACACUCCUGAGGACUGGGAGGCUGAACGGAGGAAGCAAGGGGCUAGAGGCUGGAGGGUCAGCACAGUAAAUGAGAGGUUCGAUGUAUCCACCAGUCUCCCUCGUUACUUCUGGGUCCCUAGACGGACACUGGACAGUGAAGUCAGAAAGGCAUUUGGUCACUUCCAUCAGGGCCGUGGACCGCGCCUUUCCUGGCACCACCCUGGAGGCAGUGACCUUCUCCGCUCUGGUGGCUUUUAUGAAGCCAGUGAUCCUAACAGAGAGGAUAUCAGGGCAGUGGAGUUACUACUCCAGGCUGGGCAUUCGGAUAUUGUCCUGGUAGAUACUGUGGAUGAGCUUCCCAGCCUUGCAGAUAUCCAGCUUGCCCACUUGAGGCUUCGUGCCCUCUGCCUACCUGAUGCAGCUGAGGAAAAAUGGCUUUCGGCUUUGGAGGGAACGAGAUGGCUGGACCAUGUCAGGUCCUGUCUCCGAAAGGCCAGUGACAUCUCAGUGCUAGUGACCUCCAGGGUCCGAUCUGUAGUUCUUCAAGAACAAGGUGACCGUGACCUCAAUGGCCUCCUCUCUUCACUUGUUCAGCUGCUCUCAGCCCCUGGAGCUCGGACCCUACAUGGCCUCCAGACCAUCGUACAGCGAGAGUGGGUAGCAGCCGGACACCCCUUCCUGACCCGUCUGGGAGGGUCCGGGGAAAGUGAGGAGGCCCCAGUGUUUCUUCUUUUCCUUGACUGCCUUUGGCAAUUAGUCCAUCAGUUUCCAGCAGAGUUUGAAUUCUCUGAGUUCUUCCUCCUGGCCCUUCAUGAUAGUGUCAGGGUUCCUGACACCCCCACCUUCCUGAGAGACACCCCCUGGGAACGGGCAAAGCAUAAUGGACAGGAGUUCAAUUCCUAUACACAGGUGUAUACAUCAGGAUCCCCUCAGUCUCCAGUUGGAGACCUCAUCUCCAGACCACUGACUGUCUGGGAUUGGGGUCUUCGAUAUAGUCAUCAACAAAUAGUUCAAUUCUAUAACCCGUGUUAUGAACCACAACAUUGCUCAGAUUCCCCUCCUCCUAGAGAACAGCCAACUCCAUCGACUCCUAGUCCUCCACGAUCCAUACUGCUCUUCUCUCGAGGAACUCUGACCCCAUUGAACCAGCUCUCUCCCUGGCGGGAUGGUUUUUCCUCAAUUAUGUCCUCAUCCCGAUGGCUCCUCCGACACAAUUCAUCCUCUGAUAGCCUGGCUGACCAGGAGUGGGGACUCCCUCCUCACUGGGGACCCUCCCCUUUGCCUCCGGGACUUCUGUUGCCUGGAUUCCUUGGACCUCAGAUCAGACUCUGGAAACGAUGCUACUUGAGGGGACGGCCUGAGGUCCAGAUAGGUAUGUCAGCCCCGACAGUCUCUGGACUCUUGGAUGAGCUGGCUCAGCUCCAGCAGCUGCUGAGGACGUGGUCAUCAGGAGUAUCACCUGGGGAUCAGGUGGCGACCAGAGACCCAGAGACCCCACUAUCUCUCUCCCGAUGAGAUGUCUGACCCUUUUUAAGUUUCUUGGUUUCCUUGAUCUGCCAGAACUUCCCUUUGCCUUAACCUCCAUCCUUGUAAUUUCCCCAAUCACCAAACAAGCUUAAUAGGAUUUAACCUUCUGUUCUGGCCUCCCCCCUAGCCUAUAAACAUUGGACCAGAUUUUGAUCUAGAAAAGGCCUUAGAAAUCUAGUCUUAUUCUAAAAUGGGCUAGCUGGCUGCUUGGUGCAUUGGGAAGAGCAUAGGACUGGGAUUCAAGAGAACUGGGUAUUCUUGUCGUGGCUCUGUGUGAUACCAUGUACAAUCACUUUUUUUGACCUUGUUUUCUUAAUCUGUAAAAUAUAUAUGUACAGGAUGUCCCCAAAAUCUCCUUUAAGCUUUGACAGCUUAAAGCUGCACUAAAACAUUUGGAAUGGUAUGUGUGUGUCUAUGUACUAGAAUCUAUUUGAGGUUGUUUCCAGGUCUGGAAUACUGUAGCCCCAACACUGACAAGUGCUCCUCCUUCCAAUUCCCUAGAGACUGUUUUGUGCCUCAAAAAUCUUUUUUGUGUAAUUAUCUUAUUUAGGGGAUUAAUGUGCUACUCUUCUCCAGGACCAUUCCAUCCUUUGUAGGUUUACAGUUGUAUAAUAUUUGAAGUGAAGAUGCUAGUUGUGACUCUCACCAAAGUGGUCUCAUAGAUUUGCUCCUAAUCUUCCUUCUGCCUUGCCUCUCUAAUUCUUAAUUUUUAGUUCUUCUCUUUAUAGUUUUUUUCAUGGAAAUAAAAUGGAGAGAGAAAGGAAGGGAAUAGCUUUUACUAUGUGCUAGGUAUUAGGCUGAAUGCUUUUCUCAAAGAUGAUCUUAUUAGAUUCUCACAGUAGAUGCUAUUUUUAUCCCAAUUUUACAGUUGAGGAAACAGAAUUUAAAUGGCUUUCCCCACGGUCAACACAGAUAGAUGGUAAGUGUUUGAGGCCAGAUUUGAAAUUGGGUCUUUCAUAUCUAAGCCCAGCCUUUUAUACCCUUUGAGUGAGAUUGGGAGACACUCUACCACCUCCACAUGUAGCUCUCUUUUUAGUGAUAUUCUAUUUACAGAAACUAUCAAUGAGAAUAAUGUUUAUAUAAUAUUCCUGUAUACUUUUUUUUUAUUUUGUAGGAAUGUGUGAGAAUAAACACUAGGAUAAAGUUGGGAAAAUGGAGAUAUAAAAAUCUUGCACUGUGGAAAUGAUAUGUGGGUCCACCAUCUUUUUAGUGAUAUUCUAUUUACAGAAACUAUCAAUGAACAGUAUCUAUAUAAGCUUCUUGUAUAAUUUUUUUAUUUUGUGGGAUCAAAUUGGGAAAAUGGAGACAGAAAAUCUUGCACUGUGGAAAUAUGUGGUUCCAGAUAUUUUCAUGCAACUCACUGAAAUUCAUUACCCAAUACCCAGUAUCAAUUCCAGGGAAAAUGAAUUAUGUUGG